UUUAACAGGUGAAAGAUGGAAUAAGUUGGCGAUGCUGAAGCGUCGAGGUGGAAAACUUUAUUAAACAACUAAAUAUAAUAAACAACAACAACUGGCUGGAAGGAGGUUAAAGUUCUCCAUGUGAAGACCGUCCGAGGGGAAGUCGGCCAUGAUGGCGAGCAGGCAGAUCAACGUCAAGCGGGCCCUCGGUCUCGCCAACGCCUUCAACUUCCUGCACUCCUGCGCCACUUCCUGCCUGCUGCCCUUCCUGACGCUCUACUUCCGCCAGCUGGGCCUGGCUCCUGAAAUGACGGGCGUGGUCAUGGGCGCCAAGCACCUGGUGUCGCUGGCGUGGCGCCCGCUGGCCAGCCUGAUGGCGAGGUUCUACGACAAGAGGCGGGCGGUGAUAAACGGCUCGGUGGCGUGUUCCGCCGCCGUCGCCCUGAUCCUGCUUCUCUUCCCGCCCGUCGACCCGCGCGCGCAAUCCAGCACGUGCGGCAACGUGUCCCGUCCCGUGGUCCCAGCGAACGCCACCCGCGGCGCGGUAACGUGGCAGCUUCCUGUCGGAGGCGGGAACAGCACCUUGGCGAGGAACAGGAGGUCCGAGGAGGACUUCCUGGUGAUGGACGUCCAGCACCAGCUCUUCUUCCUGGUGCUCAUCACCGUGUGCGUGUGGGAGCUGGUGGCGGCGCCGCUGGACUGGACGGCGGACGACGGCCUCUACGACUACUUGGACUUCGCCGACGCCUCCGACCACUACAGCAGCACGGGGGCGUGGCCUCUCCUCGGGGCGGCGUGUGGCGCGGCAGGCGCGGGGCUGCUGGUCAGCCGGUUGGACUGCGUCCUCUCCGGGCGAACCCACCGCAGCACCGCCCACUUCCUCUGCUACGCCGGCGUGUCCGCGCUGGCCUUGCCGCUGGCCGCCGUCCUGCCGCUCCGCUUGAACAAAGAGCGCGGGAAAGCGCUGCUGAAAGCGGUGCGGUUGGUGCGCGGCUCCAGGCGGGCCAUGCUGUGCGCCGUCACCGCGGCGCUGGCGGGAAUGGCGUGCUCGGCGGUGGACGACUUCCUGCCGUGGCAGAUGCAGGAUCACGGCAGCACGGAGCUGCACAUGGGGGCGUGUCUUGGCGCGGCGUGGCUCUCGCAGGCCGCCUUCCCUUUACUGGCCGGCAGGGUAUCCAGGCUUCUCACGCCGGCGAAGGUUCUCCCGCUGGCGGCGGCCGUUCUGGCGUCCCAGUGUUUCUAUUACUCCUUCCUAUGGGGGGCGUGGGCCGCGCUGCCCGCCCAGCUGCUCGGCUGCUUCGGCCGCGGCGCCCUCUGGUGGGCGGUGAGGGCGCAGGGCGACGACGUGGCCACGCCGGGAGCGGAGAGAAGCGUGAAGAUGCUCUACGAGGCGCUCUCCCGGGACUUGGGGGGCGCGCUCGGAAGCUUCGCCGGAGGCUUCGUGGUCCGCCGGUGUGGACUGGCGUGGCUCUUCAGGGGCGCGGCGGCGACUCUGGCGGUGUGGUGUGUGUGCUUGCCUCUGCUGCAGUGGAACAGUCCCCGCCAGCACAGGAUCAACUACUCCCGCCUUUUGGCGGCGGACGCCAGCGACGCCAGCGACACAGACUCCGAACAGGAGAGAGACUGGCUUGAUAGAGCGAUGGCGGACGACCGCAGGGAGAACAAAAACUAUGGAAGGAGGCGACGUGACUAACCUCAGCAAAAGGAAAACAUCAGAAUAUAGAAAUAAUGUAUCGAAGGGUGGGCGAUAUCGCCUAAAAUCAAAAAAUAUAUAA